UGUAAUAAAAGCAGACAUCUAUGGCAUAUCCACUACAUAUUUUCACUUAAUUUUAGUUUUUGCUUAUCCUUUAAACAGUAUUCCGUCAGAUACUCAAGGUUACUUUACUUGGAAAUGAUUAAAUGUUCUAAAGAGCAAAGUGUGGAAACCGAAAGCAUAAAAAUAGCUUCAAAGCUUUCGCUUUCGCUUGUGGAAGCGCUCCGAAUUUUAGUCGCGACUUCUCCAUUUAACUUUCCGAUGAACUCAGUAGGUGUAAAACUGAACAGCUUCAUUGGCUGACUUCUUAUUGUACCUUUUUUUUCCCUAUUUGUUGGAAGGAGAGCUCGAGUGGCGUGACAGACCAAAGAAUACAGACUUCUUAUGUUUGCAAAAGUGGUGUAAAACUAUCGGAAGCUGUCCUGAACCGUGGACUGUUGUUCCUGUGACACGCAACAUGUGCUGAAGAUGGAUGGAGCCAAGUUGCACCUGAAAGAGUGGCUGGUAGCUCAGAUAGAGAGUGGGAAAUAUGAAGGCCUGUGCUGGGAGGAUGAGGGCAAGACCAUGUUCAGGAUUCCCUGGAAGCACGCAGCCAAAAAGGACUACAAGCAGACGGAGGAUGCGGCUCUCUUUAAGGCCUGGGCCGUGUAUAAAGGCAAAUACAAGGAGGGCAGGGAUAGAGCUGAUCCCACAAUGUGGAAAACCAGACUCCGUUGUGCACUUAACAAGAGCACCGACUUCCAGGAGGUUCCUGAACGCAACCAGCUGGACAUCACUGAACCAUACAAGGUCUAUCGAAUUGAACAGGAUGUCUGCCUGUCAAAGCUGGGAGCACAUCCUCAGACAAAAUAUGUGUUCAAGCAGGUGAAGUUAUCUCCAAGAAGCCCUGGUUAUCCAGAAAAUCAGUGUCAAAAGGAAGAACUUCAAGCUCACAAAGAAGAAAAACCAUGUGCUGAUGACCUGAUGAGGGAGCACAUGUACUGUGAGAUAACAGAGAAAAAGAAUCUAAUUCAGGCUCCUGAUCCAGUAAGUUUCUUCUGUCCCAUCCUCAAUAUAACCGACUUUCGCAUGGAGGUGAGACUAUUGUACCAGGGCCAGACAGUGACGAAAGUGAUCACGGAGAGCCUAGACGGAUGCUUUAUCCUCCAGGGUCAUGUUCCUUUGGGAAAUGAACAGAUCUACGGACCCUGCUCUCCCCAGCAGCUUUCUUUCCCCUCCCCAGGCUCUGUAGCUCUUCCAGAUUGCCUGGCAGAAGCGAUGAAUCGCCUUCUUUGUCACCUGGAAAGGGGUGUGCUAUUGUGGGUGGCACCAGAUGGGGUAUUUAUCAAGCGCUUCUGCCAGGGCAGGGUGUACUGGAGUGGUCCCUUGGCCCAGCAUGCUGACAGGCCAAAUAAACUGGAACGUGAAAAAACCUGCAAACUGAUGGAUAUACCCUCAUUCCUAAAUGAACUCCAGAACAGUUUACAGAGAAAGGGGCCUACACCUUCACACGAGAUCGAGCUCUGCUUUGGGGAAGAGUAUCCAGAUCCAAACGUACCUAAAACCAGGAAGCUCAUAAUGGCACAUGUGGUUCCCUUGUUUGCUGUGGAACUAUUACAGAGAUUCAGCUUGGGACAAACUGAGGAGAAACAUCAAAAUCUCACCUCCAACGCAAAAGGAAAGAAGAUAGACUGAGAAAUCUACCAUGUGCCAGAGUUGAUAUGGACAAUACACAAGUGAACUUGACUUCCGUCCGCAUAAUCACCAUAAAGGAUAAAGUAUCAUCAGUAUAUUAAAAAAAUAUAUAAAAAAAAAUUAUAUAUAUAUAUAUAUACACUGUAUAUAUAUAUAUGUAUGUGUAGGGAUGUGUCUGUGUGUGUGUAUGUACAAUAAGUACAUUUGAAGGGCAUUACGGUAAAUUUAUUGUAAUCUUCUUUAUUGCAGCUUGUAUUUGAUAUUAUUUUCUAUAGUGCAGCUAGACACCUGUUGUGCAUUUUGCUCAAAGCAUGCUGAAAAACAAAUAAUAAUGUGAAUGUUUUUCUCCCUCUUCAUUUGAUGUUGAACUCAUCCUCGGAGUAUGACAUGCUAAUUUAAUUUUCUCAUUCUGGAACAAAUAUGUGGAAUAAAUUGACCACAGAAAUGAAA